UACGUUGUAGCUAACUGACUGACUGAUGUGAAUAACUCCAUUCAGAUUCCUAAGUAUGUUUCUGGAUGUAUUGAAGCAUUGUUUUCAUCGACUUUCUCUUACCGUUAGUUCAACUAUAUAGUGGAUAGAGCACAUUGUUAACGUGAUUGGUAAGACGAUGAUGAAUUUUAAAACCGUUGGUUAUUCGUCAUUGCUAUGAGAAGUGUAAACUGCUAGGUUAGCUGACGACACUUGGAAUUUCACGAUCAGGAUUAAAUAAAUAUGAUACUAAUAUGUCUGCUAAUCCAACGCUUGAUAAUGACCUCCUGUUGGUUUCCAAGAUCCCCGGAAUCCUACAUUUGGGCUCCGAACGGUGGGAAAAGGUCUGUAGUAAGAAUAAAAUUUUAUUUUAACUUUGGUUAAUGUCCAGAAAAGAGCAGUAUUUAUAAGUUUACUGAUAACCAACCUCUGUAAACGUUUUGAAACACGCUAAAUCGAGCAACAGAAUAGGUAAUCGUCUAAUUAGAGUGUAACGCACAUUCCUUUGGUUUUCUAGAUGUUGUUCAGAGGGUUCCCAAUGGAUACAGUUUGGGCUACUGCGGAAUUCUCGAGAGGUCCUAACAGAUAUAUUACUACUCAGUGACCAAUCAGAUUUUAAUAUCUUAGUGACUUGAGUAGAUCAAUGGUAGAAUCUCUGACCGUGUUACGUAUAUUAUUACUUCGAAUCCCAUGACAAUUAUCAGUUCUGAUAAGAUUUCGAAUAUGUCUUACUAGUGUUAUGAAACCUUAAUCAAUCAGGUCUUUUUGUUAAUCUCUUCAAAGCAAUUUAGAUUCAAAAGAUCAAAUUUGAUCACCGCCGGAUUCCAUCAACUAUAAUUAAACUUCUUAGUGCUACUUAAGUUUUAAUGAUUUUUGACGUUUAGUUAAAACUAUACACAUAUCUUCAGAAAACUAGCUUGAUAAUUCGUAGUCUUAUACUUAAUAAUGAAAUAUUGAAUUCUAGAUGGACUUCUCAAAGUUAUAGUAUGAAAUCGUGAUCUGUUGAGACAGUCUCACAUAGAUUCAGGUAAUAACUCACUGAUGACAUUACAUAAGGAUCAAAUUUUAUUGACUGAAGUUAAAAUUGUGGACCACUGUAUUCCUAUUCACCGGUAUAAACGUGUUCAGUUUUUUAUAAAUCUUGAAAGCACUGUAUUCGAUCUUGAGUAAGAUCAUAACUGCAUACUAUUGGGAAGUGCCAAAGUAACGCGAAAAAAUACUGUCCAGUGAGAAUCAUCUUCCGACUAGUUAAGUGUUUUACAGCUAUCUCCUCGUCUUAUAUUCCCGCUUAUUUUUUUAUUAUCAUAUCAGUUAACAAAGAUUGUUUCCAUUAUAUUCCAUUUCUUAUCUAGAUAUCAAUGAAUUCAAAUCUAUGCGUGUUAACACAAAAAAUUGGACGUCUUCUACUUAUUGGUUUAAAUAGACCAGAGAAAGGUAAUUUAAUCAAUCAAACAACUGCUUCAAUGUUAAAUGAUAUAUUCUAUAAUCAAUUUGAUAAAGAUGAUAAUAUUAUUGGAGGUGUAUUAUAUGGUGAAGGAAAAGAUUUUUGUUUGGGUUUGGAUAUAGAAGAAUUAACAAAUUAUAUAAAAGAAAAUCCAACAUGUGAUAAUACAUCAUUGAAUAGAUUGUAUUCAUGUUUAUCUACAGAUUCUACUAAAUUGACAUUUUCAAAGCCACUUAUUGCAGCAAUUACUGGAAAGGCUAUCGGUGCUGGUUUAGAACUUGCAUUAGCAUGUGAUCUACGUAUUGCUGAAAUUGAUUCCAUAUUGAGUUUACAUAAGCGGAAACAUUGUAUACCAAUGAUGAAUAUGGGUACAGUACGUUUACCACGAUUGAUAGGUUUAUCUCGUGCUCUUGAUAUGAUACUAACAGGACGUGAAUUGCAUGCUAACGAAGCUUUGGAAUUUGGAUUAGUUAAUCGUGUUACUCCAACUGGAACUGCUAUUGGUGUUUCAGUGAAAAUGAUUGAUGCUAUAUAUCGACUACCUGGAUUAUCCGCUUUAUACGCUGAUAGAUCUAAUGUAAUACGAUCUAGUCAAUGUUCCAUGGAUUCAGAAUUGGCGAGAAUGGAAUAUACUGAAGCUUUAAAUGCAUUUAAAAGUGAAGGAAUUAAAGUAAGUAAUACAAUUAAUUGUCUAUCAUCAUCAUCAUCAUCAUCAUCAUCAUCAUCAUCAUCAUCAUCAUCAUCAUCAUCAUCAUCAUCAUCAUCAUCAUCAUCAUCAUCAUCAUCAUCAUCAUCAUCAUCAUCAUCAUCAUCAUCAUCAUCAUCAUCAUCAUCAUCAUCAUCAUCAUCAUCAUCAUCAUCAUCAUCAUCAUCAUCAUCAUCAUCAUCAUCAUCAUCAUCAUCAUCAUCAUCAUCAUCAUCAUCAUCAUCAUCAUCAUCAUCAUCAUCAUCAUCAUCAUCAUCAUCAUCAUCAUCAUCAUCAUCAUCAUCAUCAUCAUCAUCAUCAUCAUCAUCAUCAUCAUCAUCAUCAUCAUCAUCAUCAUCAUCAUCAUCAUCAUCAUCAUCAUCAUCAUCAUCAUCAUCAUCAUCAUCAUCAUCAUCAUCAUCAUCAUCAUCAUCAUCAUCAUCAUCAUCAUCAUCAUCAUCAUCAUCAUCAUCAUCAUCAUCAUCAUCAUCAUCAUCAUCAUCAUCAUCAUCAUCAUCAUCAUCAUCAUCAUCAUCAUCAUCAUCAUCAUCAUCAUCAUCAUCAUCAUCAUCAUCAUCAUCAUCAUCAUCAUCAUCAUCAUCAUCAUCAUCAUCAUCAUCAUCAUCAUCAUCAUCAUCAUCAUCAUCAUCAUCAUCAUCAUCAUCAUCAUCAUCAUCAUCAUCAUCAUCAUCAUCAUCAUCAUCAUCAUCAUCAUCAUCAUCAUCAUCAUCAUCAUCAUCAUCAUCAUCAUCAUCAUCAUCAUCAUCAUCAUCAUCAUCAUCAUCAUCAUCAUCAUCAUCAUCAUCAUCAUCAUCAUCAUCAUCAUCAUCAUCAUCAUCAUCAUCAUCAUCAUCAUCAUCAUCAUCAUCAUCAUCAUCAUCAUCAUCAUCAUCAUCAUCAUCAUCAUCAUCAUCAUCAUCAUCAUCAUCAUCAUCAUCAUCAUCAUCAUCAUCAUCAUCAUCAUCAUCAUCAUCAUCAUCAUCAUCAUCAUCAUCAUCAUCAUCAUCCCGGGUUCGAUUCUCACGUCUUAUUCUUCACUCAUCAAACUAUCUAAUAAUAGAAAUGAACAAGUUGUCAUUGAUACAAUUGCUUAUAAUCAUUCUUGUUACUUUGACAAUCAAAAUAAACGGUGAUAAUACAGAUACAUACGAUAAACGUGCAAGUUUAGCAUAUUUUAAACGUCGUAGUGAAUUAUCCGAUUCUCCAUCUUCAUUAUCAUCAUCACCAUCAUCAUCAUCAUCUAAACGUGCAAGUUUAUCCUAUUUUAAACGUGGUCAAUAUGAUCAACGAUUUGAUGGAAUACAUCAUAUUAGACAAAUUAUUGAAAUUUGUCCUUGUUUAAAUAAAGAUUAUUUACAUUGGCUUGAAGAUAAUCUACUACUUAAUAAACAUACUACUAUUAAUAAUAAUGAUGAUGAGAAUUUGGAUUCAGAAAAACGUGCAAGUUUAUCUUAUUUUUAAUAGUAAAAAUUUAUCCAUGUUGUACUACAGAUACUACUAACUAUUGUAAAAAAAAGAAGAAUGAGUAGCAACUAAAAGUAUUAACAUAGAACUUUAUUAACAAUAUUGAUCGUUUACAUGAAUAAAUGUAUUGGAAAUAAACAAAAUUGUUCUCA